UUCCACACUUAUCGCACGAUCGCGUGAGCAUUCCAAUUUCGAGCCGUGAUCGAUGUGUUGACCUUUCGGCCGAUCGGAUCGAACACUGUUGUACUCACUGGGCAAAAUAUUACUGCUUUUCAUCGUGAUGCCGUGUGUCUACAGCCUGAAGUGCAUACCAAAUGGGAGCUCUGCCCUUGAAAUGUGCUAAAAUGCAUUUUAGGAUCGAAAUAUGGCAUCUGGGGACAGUUUAAAGAAUUUACCUGCCGAUUUACUGACACCUCUCUGGACUGCAACGGCAGCAACGCCGGAAUUUAAAGACGAGAUCGACUCCAGUGGUCACAGUUCAGAAAAGGAAACGAAAUCAAUAGGGAAGUCUAAGUCGCUCACGUCUGCAGCUGCAAAAGAUGCGAAAUCGCAAAGCCUAAAUCAAGUCGACUGGACGGAAAGCGCCGUAAAUGCCGAACAUCUUUGGACUGACGCAGAUUCGUCUGGUCACUCGUGCUGCAUACCUGAUAACGAAUGCAUGAAAUCGGGAUCAAAACUAAAGUGUACAGCAUGUAAAGUUGCAGUUCACAUAAAAUGUAUGGAUAAUUUAGAAAGGGUAAAUAUAAAAUGCAAAGCUACAUUUCGUGAAGGAAGCAGAAGAUCGGCUGAUGAAGAGUUUCAAACGCGCCACCACUGGGUGUAUCAAAGAAAAUACCAUGGAAAAUGUUCGCAUUGUGGAAAGUCAUUUCACAACACGCGCAAUGUUAAGGAUAUUGUCGCUGUGAGUUGUUCAUGGUGCAAACGUGCUUAUCACUUCAACAACGAAUGUGCUGCGUCGUUAAAAGAAAAUGUCUGUACUCUUGGCCAGAACAGCAACCUAAUUGUUCCACCAACAUGGGUGGUAAAACUACCUAUAAAACGGUUUCGAAGUUCAUCAAUAAAAAAGCGACAUGCAAAAAGGAAGUCAGGAAGGGAGAGAAAAGCAUUUGCAGUCAGACCUGUCGCCGGAGACGCUCGUAGCCCUCUACUUGUAUUUAUCAAUCCUAAAAGUGGAGGUAAACAGGGAUCCAAAAUCAUUCGUAAAUUUCAAUGGAUUUUGAACCCACGGCAGGUGUUUGACUUGUCCCAAGUUGAACCAAAGUUUGGCCUGCAGCUUUAUCGCCGAGUCCCAAACUUAAGGAUACUGGCUUGUGGCGGCGAUGGAACGGUUGGCUGGGUUCUCUCGGAGUUGGAUAACCUGCAGCUAUCACCUUCUCCUCCAGUCUGCAUAUUACCUUUGGGGACUGGGAACGAUUUGUCAAGAGUACUAAAUUGGGGAGGGGGUUAUACCGAUGAACCAUUGGAAAGAAUAUUGAACCAUCUCGAAGACGCACAGAUCGUUCAACUUGAUAGAUGGAAUCUUCUUGUCACUGGAAACGAACAAAGAGAAAAGCCUGAACCGAAUUCUGUUUCAAAUUUACCGUUGAAUGUAAUGAACAAUUACUUCAGCGUCGGGGCGGACGCCGAAGUAAGCCUCGAAUUCCACGAAUCGAGAGAGGCCAAUCCUGAUAGGUUUACGAAUCGCUUGUACAGUUUAUAUUUUUACGGAAAGCAUGGUAGUCGAAGUGUAAUACAACGGAGGUCGAGGGAUCUUUUUCGCCAUGUUAAGUUAGAGUGCGAUGGCGUCGAUUUGAGUGAGAAGUUAGCGGAGCUAAAACCUCAGUGUCUUAUUUUCCUCAAUAUAUCCUCAUUUGCAGGAGGGACGUAUCCUUGGGGAAGUCCGUUAAAAGAGUACGAGGAAUUCAAAGGCCAGCGACAUGAUGAUGGCAUUUUGGAGGUUAUUGGUUUGACCUCGACAUCUUUAGCCACGACACGCGUUGGUGGUCACGGCUUGCGACUUGCGCAAUGCCAGUCUGCUGUUUUAACAACGAAUAAAGACUUGCCCUUUCAAGUCGACGGUGAGCCCUGUCGUCUCUUGCCGUCUGUCAUCAGGAUAAACCUGCGGAAUCAAGCAAAUAUGAUACAGAAAGUUAAGAAAACGCCGUACAGAUUCAACUCUAACCUAGGGAGUCCCUUGUCUCCUGUGCCGCCAAUCAAUGCGAAAAUUUACGUGACAGAAUUUGAAGAUUACCAAAAACAUUUUCAUGACAUCAACAAGAUUGCUGAAGUUUCGAAGCUCAUGACAACAAUUAGUGUUGAAUCUCGAUGUGACUUGAAGUAUUUAAGAUUGCUCAUCGACGACAUACUGAAAAAGGAGAACAAAGAGAGCGUUAAACUUGAGAGCAACUGGUGUUUCCUGGACGCCUCCUACAGCGACCGAGUUUAUAGAAUAGACCCUGGACAAGAAGGCCUUUAUGACGUGGCAGACAUUCUGGAGGAUGGAGUAUUUAUUGUUAAGAUAAACGAAGAGGAAGAGGCUGAGAGAAUAGCCAAGGAGGAUGCCUUAACGCAAGAAUUAAUCAAGGCUUGCAGCGAGGGAGACAUUAGCAAAGUGGAACGUUUUCAACAAUCCGGAGUAAGCCUUUCUCGUGCAGAUAUAUAUGGCCGUUCACCAUUACACUAUGCAGUCAUCAACAGUAGACAAGCCAUUGUGGAAUACAUCGUGAGUCAUGUCUGUGUUUCUGCGUUAAAUCAAGUGGACGACACUGGCCAGACCGCCUUGCAUAAAGCAGCCAUAUUUCGGCAACCCAUGAUAUGCACGAUGCUAGUGCAUGCUGGUGCUGACAUUUCAAGAAUGGAUUACAAUGGAAAUACCGCUGCAAUGAUUGCAACAGACAUGGGAAAUACUAAACUUGCAAGUUAUUUAACAGAACAUGAAAAUUCACAGAAAGAAGACAGCGACGGGCAGGAGACCUCGGUAUGACGUCAUCGUAAGUAAGGAAACAUACACACAACACGUGUCACGUAGGAAAAUAUUUGAAUCAUUCUGUGCAUCGUUUAGUCAGGCCGUCGGAGGAAGGAACGUGGAUUACGAGUCAGAUUAGAAGUCACCAUGAUUUGUGGCUUUAUUCGAUAUUUUACGGCUGCCAAAUGCAUAUCUAAACUUCGCGAGUAAAUAUCGCUUGUAUUGGCAGGUAAAUGUCACGUUUUCCUCCGAUAUGCCAGACAAGAGCUGGACGAUAUUUAGAUGUCGUCUAAAUUGAAGAAAAAAUUCAGGCUUCGCGUGCUUUGAAAACUUUAAAGCAUUAAUGUGAUAGUCCUCUGCAAUGAUAAGUAUAACGGGUUUAGAUCCGACUUUUGCUAAAGAGCGAUGGCAACAAAUUUUUAUUGUCGCAUUUCAAAGCAAAAUUAUGUAUUUAGAUUUUCACUUCGUCUUUUAUAACUUGUGGUUUUUGAUGUGACAUUGAAAUGUAACCUGUAAUAAAGAAAUUAGUUAUCCGCCAUUUUGGAUUAUCGAGGAUAAGCGUGAUGACGUCAGGUUUUGUAUAACGCGGGUAGAUCUUGACAGCUAGUGACAAAAAUAAACCAGAAACUCGCUGUUGGUGGCUUCGCCACAAGAUGCCGGACAAUUCAACAUAACCCGUUGCAGUCAGUUUUGCAAGGAUUCCAAUAAAACAGGAAAAUUCAGUAUCAGGAUUUCGUAGAUGAUUUUAAAGAAGCGAUUUGAAUUGAGACAAUAAUUUUUCAGUUGCCAUUGUCCUUUAAAGGGACUAAAACCAAUCGGAUACUUUGCCCAGUAACGAACCAUAGUAGCUCAUGGUUUAUACAACCUUCGAUACAAAACAUCGUCAACGAUUCUCCUCCCGGUGUGCGCCGGAGAUUUGAAGAAUAACUGACAAACAUCUAGGUUUGUGCUAUGGAUUAGUAUUAGGGUGCGUUAGAAGCUAACGUCAGGGUUUUGGUGCGUUGGCGUUUAGCAUUAGAGUUAGGGCUGGAAUAAUAAACCUGGAUCACAUAUCGAGUAGGGUAAUUCGAGUAUCAAGAUGGCGGCUAACUGUAUAAAGUUCAGCCAUUUAAUAAUAUUGAUCAGUGAGCUCUACGAAGAUCGAAAUGUCGACAACUCAAUAACCACGAUCUUUUAAACCAAUUUGUACCUAAAUUGGGCACUAGUUCCAGUCUCUGCUUUGCCAUAAUCAUCCACCGUGAAGACCAAAAUAGUAGAAAUAGACUGGCACCGGAAUCCAAUUCACAUAUAAAUUGGUUUCUAUGGCGGCGACCGAGUUAUCGUUCUAGUUCACUUGGAGUUAAUUGUAUUCAAUUAAUAUAACCAAUAUGGCGUCGACGUCUUUCAUUUUUGAACAACGAAAAUGCACAUUGAAGGCCAUCCAUAUCGAAGCGCGUAGGCCUGGAGUCCAGUUCAUUUCUUCUUGUGUGCCGCUAAAUUGCAUGCGCCAGGAGGAGAAUCGCGGCGUUCUAACCUUGCAAUUUUUAAAUGGCAAUAAACUCAGCCGUAGCUAAGCCUAUUUGAGACCAUUCAAAGGCUUCGAUUGCUUCACGGACAUAUGUACCUGGACGUUUUAAUAAAUAGACAAAAUAGUUGCCGUGAUUUUUGAAAAUCACAACAUCUCAGUCGAAUAAUUUUCAGACUGUUAAACCAUUCCAAGAAUCGAAGCGGCUGUACAGAAUUAUUAGUAAAUGUUUUAAUA